AUGGGAAAGAAGAAGAAUGACUUCGAGGCGUCCGGCAGUGGCACGAAGAAGGAGGAGCGGCCGGGCAGGGUGCCGCUGCCCGUCACCAUCGGGAGGCUGAUGCACGCGCACUUGACGCCGUGCGACACCUGGAGGGAUGUGCACAUGCCUGGCGGCUGGCGGCUCAGCUACCGCCGGGUGCCCGUCCCUCCGGUCCCUACGCGCGAGCCAGAUCGAACCGCGGAGAUCCGACGAAGGAGGCGGUACCUGCCGCCGGACCUCCGCGCCGAUCAGGCGUACGCCAUCGGCUCUGAAAGUUGGCGUACCUAUCUCUCGACCGAGAGGGAUCGGAGGAGGAGGGCGGGCUUCAUGGGCGAUAGGGAUUUUCCCUUCGACCGUCCACCGCCGACUUGUCCUCGAAGACAGCAGGCGCCGACGCGUCGUGACCAGGCAUCGACGCGUGCGCAGUACAACGACGACCACGACUACGACGACAAUGACGACUACAUCGAGGCGCUGGCGUACCAUAACAAGGAGGUCAAGGACGACAGCGAUGACUACGUCGCGGUCGUCUUCCAGGAAUGGCAGCAGGCCAUGGCGGAGGGCCGCAAAUUUGAUUUCCCCGAGAACAUGACGGACGACGAGAUGGCUGGUUUCAUGCAUGUUGCAAUGAACCACACUGCACCUGCCAUGCACUUUUUGCCUUGA